AUGCCUCCUUCGAAUAGUUAUGACUCAGUUUCGAGUGGCCCUGAAAGGUUGCAUUGGAACCCUGCCAAGGAAUGCCUCUUCGGUCUGCUCAUUGUGAUAAUUGCGUUCAUGGCCGUAUUACUGCUGAAGUUGUCAUGUUCCAAACCUCAGCCUGAACCAAACCCACCAAGCUACCAGUCAGAAUGGCCAGAGCAGGUGGAGCACAAGUUAGCAAAUGAUGUGUCUGAUGAGGUCUUUGUUAUUAUGGCUGGAGAACAAAAACCCAGUCGCUUGGCCAAACCGGUGCCUUCCUCCACUCAGCCGUGUGAACAGGAUGAGAGUGAUUCCAAUCAUACGAGACAAGGAUAUAGCAAUUUCCUUCAAUUUUAUAAUUGA